AUGUCGUGGAAUCCCGAAGGUUUUUUCAAUCCUUCUUCAUUUAAUCAACAAUAUACUGGUCCAACGUCCUACGAACUUCAACAACAACAACAACAACAGCAGCAGCAACAGCAACAACGUUAUGCUCAUCCUCAACAAAAUCUUCCUUAUCCAAGCGGUAAUUUUAUGCCAUCACAAUAUAAUAUAAAUCCACAAGGAAAUCCAGCUCAAUUUUAUCGACCCGAUGAUUAUCAUCCACCAUCAACAAAUCCAGAAAAUACUGAUGUUGAAGAAAUACCUUUACUCGAAGAAUUAGGCAUUAAUUUCGAUCAUAUAUUUAAAAAAACAAAAUCUGUUUUAAAUCCAUUUUCAACACCAGAUUCAUCCAUACUUGAUGAUGUUGAUUUAGCUGGUCCACUUGUAUUUUGUCUUACAUUUGCUUGUAGUCUUUUAUUAUUAGGUAAAAUACAUUUUGGUUAUGUUUAUGGUAUUGUUACAUUAGGUACUGUUGGAAUGUAUGGUUUAUUAAAUAUGAUGACAUCACCAGAUAAACCAUGUUCAGGUUUAUUUGUAACAAGUGUUCUUGGUUAUUGUCUAUUACCAAUGGUUAUUCUAUCAUUUUCAUCAUUUUUAUUUAACUUAAAUGGUUUAAUUGGUUUACUAGUUGCAUCAAUAUUUAUUUUAUGGUGUUCAUUAUCAGCUUCGAAACUUUUUGCAACAUCAUUAGCAAUGAUAGGACAACAAAUUCUUGUCGCAUAUCCUUGUGCUUUAUUUUAUGGAAUUUUUGCUUUAUUAACAAUCUUUUGA